GGAGGAAAGGGGAUAUUUGUGAAGGGGGGCAAAUAAAGUUCACGACGUGCUAAUCAGCGAACAUCCAUGACAAUCUGUGACAGCCAUGGAAAUACGGAAGUAGCCGUUCUAGUGUGUGGAUGUAGGUGACGUCAUUGGUCGACAUUUGCAAGAUUCGUUUUUAAGAGGCAAAAUUAUCAUGAUGGAUAAGCAGAAAAAAGAAUCCCCUCCAGGAACCCAAUCUAGUGGAAAAACACCUGGGUUUAAGAUUCCAAAGAAAAAGCCUGAUGACUGGUGUGAGGACAUCCCAGCCUCAUCUCCAUUAACGAAACUGCAUGAUAGUGACUUCAGAAAUGUUAGUUUUCGAAGGGUAAGGCAAAGUGCAUAUUCCAUACAGAAUUUUAAGAUUCCAAAGAAAAAGCCUGAUGACUGGUGUGAGGACAUCCCAGCCUCAUCUCCAUUAACGAAACUGCAUGAUAGUGACUUCAGAAAUGUUAGUUUUCGAAGGAGGGGACGCGAUUCGGUGUAUGAAACCAAUAAUUUAUCAAGAAAUAUGGACUCUCAUUUGUAUUAUACAUUGAGGCUUGACAGAGCACCCCACACUAGUGAGUACAGAGAACAACACAGAGAAAGAGAAAUUGGAACAAAGAAUGAAGUACAACGUCGAGAGGAGCGUAAAGAAGACAACUUCCUAAAAUAUUAUGUUUAUUCAUUUAAACUCCAGAAGAAUGCUUCAAAGAGUAUUGUAGUUACACCACCCAGAUGUGAAAGAACAUAUUGCUACAAACGUGCAGAACACCAAAACAAGAAAACAUCACUUUCUCCUUCUUCAGCUGACUUCUCCAGCUCUUCCUCUGAGCCGUUUACAGACCGCACUUUAUCCUGCACUUUAGAUUCACCAGGCAGAAAAAACAUUUCUAGAGACAAAAUAAAUAGGACGGCUGAGGAAAAGAAAAAAUCUUCUGAUGAUGGAUGUUCCUCGGAUCCACCAAAACCCAGUUCACUGUCUGAUGUUUACAGCAAAACAAGAAAAAAACCGUUAGCAGCUACAAAUGACAGUAUGAAAAUUCAGCCAAUUGUACUGUCUAGUGAUGACGAUGAGGCUGCCCAGAAAGAAACAAAGUCAGGCUUUCCACAUACUGUGAAAAAAACAUCAGUGGAGAAGAAAUGUCCAUCUCCUUCUAAGGAUGCAGAGCCAAUGGAUCACUCUGGUAUUUUGAAAGAUGCCCCUACUGAACUAGAACAGUCUGAUAGCUCCGUUCUGAGGCUAAAAUUCCUCAAUGUGUACUAUGGCAAAAAGAGAGGAAGGGUAUCUGAACUGGCUAAGUUUACGGCGACAUCCAUUGAAAUUCCUUUGAAAGUGGCCUUGCACAAAAUUACAAGUCUGUCGGUGGAGACAAGGAAGCUGCACAAGUAUGGAUUCUGGAUUACGAAGGGAGGAGACUCGGUCAGAAGUAGUGCUGUCAUUAUCCUGUGGUUGACUCCUGACUAUGUGCCUGUCAUAGAGCGACAAAUGGAAUUGUCUGCUAGAAAACAAUCCUCUAAAUCAAACGAGUUCAUCUUUCUGGAGUUAGUGGAACCUCUUAAAAGCAAAGAGCAGUCUCUGAUGAAUGAAAUUAUGGUGGAAGCCAGCAAGCAUGGUUCACCCUCUCUUGCUGAAGUGCUUAGCUGGGAGGAGAUAUGCACCAUGCUGGAGUCCUUGCCCUCCGACGAGUGUUCCUUCAAGUUAAAUUGUUGUUCUGCUGGAUCUCAGCUACCUGAGGAGUGGGAGUGCCCGUCUAAGUGCUUUGCCCUUCCCAAGCGGUUUUCUGUACACAAUCUUUUCGGGGAGGGGCUUCUGAAAAAGUGCACAUCCUCUCCGGUUGUGGACCCUCCUGUGUCCCGUCUGAACAAGGCGACAGGGAUUCAGGGGGAAGAGUCUCUGUUCAGGGAUCUGACACAGAGGCGUUUGCGCCCUAAGAAAGUAAAAUCCACUUACAGCCUUACUCAAAAAUGGAGCGAUGGUGGUUACUCAUUUUCUAUGGUACCUGAGCAACAUAACAUACUGGGCGAAGCACAGAGAAGUGGACCUCCUAUCAGAUUACUUGUUUAUCCUCCUCCACCAACAAAAGGAGGCCUUGGAGUAAGUAAUGAAGAUUUGCAGUGUUUGGAGCAAGGAGAAUUUCUUAAUGAUGUUAUUAUUGAUUUUUAUCUGAAAUACCUCAUGUUGGAGAUAUUUCCGAAACCCUUUGCAGAUAGAUGUCAUAUAUUUAGUAGCUUUUUCUUUAGAUGCUUAACAAGAAAAGAAAAUGGUUCAAAUGAUACUAACCUAGAUAUAUCAACGGCAGAGAGAAGGCAUCGGAGGGUGAAAAACUGGACUCGUCAUAUAGAUAUUUUUACAAAGGAUUUUAUCUUUGUGCCAGUCAAUGAAAAUUGUCAUUGGUACCUUGCAGUGAUCUGUUUCCCCUGGUUGGAAAAGGCUAUGUAUGAGGACAAGAAAGAAACGGAUGUGGUUCCUUCAAAAACAAAAGACAGUUCUAACAAUGGUUCUGUUAUUGUAUUUAAUGAUCGCUUGUCAAAGACAGAGGAAACUACAGAAGACGGCAACAGUGGAUCUGAAGGUUCUUGUAGUUCUGGACCCAGCUACAAUCAAAAAUAUCCAAAGCCAAAAGAAAGUCACAGUGGCAAAGUUUGCAAAAGGCCAUGCAUUCUAAUCUUUGAUUCUUUGACAACUGGAUCAGUGAGAACUACUGUACAAGUCUUAAGAGAAUAUUUGAAGGUAGAGUGUCAUGUGAAACGGCAAUCAGAAAGGGAAUUCAGCAGGUCCUCUAUGAGAGAACUUUAUCCUAAAGUACCGAAGCAGAAUAACAGUACCGACUGUGGCUUGUACCUCUUGCAAUAUGUAGAAAGCUUCUCUCAGAAACCAAUCGAAAACUUUGAACCUCCGAUGCAUUUGGAAAACUGGUUUCCCUCCUGUGUAGUAAAGAAUAAGCGAGAGGAGAUCAGAGACUUAAUUCUUCGGCUACAUGUAGAGCAGAAAAAGAAAGGUUAAGAAAACUUCCAUCAGUCUUCUU